AUGGCCUGCGCCGUCCUCCAUCCCCCCUCGCCCGUCGCCGAAAUGUUCGGCAGGAGACCCGCCGAGCCGAGCGCGGGGCUGCCAUUUUCACAGGCCACUUUGGACCGUCUGGCGACUGCCGCGGCGGACCUGCGACGCUUCCUCGCGCGGGUUCACUUCGCGCACGAAACCGUCCCGGGUAUGAUGCCCGGCGCACUCUACCACCCCACGGAGGUGUUCGACCUCGCGAAAGCGCGGUACGAACACGUUUGGAUGCCCCUGCUCGCCUCGGAGAACUCCGCAUCCCCCAGGAAGCUCGCGGCGCCCCUGGACGUCCAGUGGAUGCACCACCUGCACCGCCUCGACCCCGACGCGUACCGAGUCGACUGCGAGCGCGCGUUCGGUCGCCUCGUCGACCCCGCGGAUCCGUUCCUCGUCGCGGGCGACGGCGCCCCUUCGGACGACCAGGCGGCGGAAUCGUUCGCUCGGGACGCGUGGAACGCGAUUGCGCCCGAGUGGCCCUUCGACCUCGAGGCGGCGCUCGUCGAUCACCGCCGCCGCGGCGGGCGUCUCCCACCACGCGGGUCCUCGAGUGCGAUCUCGUUCGAUUCGUCGUCGUGCGAUAUGAUCGGCAGCGCGACUCGGCAGGGGGGUUUCCUGUGGCAGGUACUCCCGUCUGAGACUUACGGCGACGAGGAUUUCAUUCAUCGCGCGGCGAGGCGGUACGCCAUGCUCGUCAUCCUUUGGCGGGACUUCCCCGGGGAGUUUCUGGUGCCGACGUACGAUCAGGACCUGGUGUGGCACGCGCACUUGUCGGUGCCGAGUGUCUACGAGAAGGAAAUGCGAACCGCCACGUACCGGAACGCGAUCGGCCACGACGACUCCGUCAACGACAGGACGCCGGGCGCAAAGCUCGAAGUGCGAGGACGGCGGACGAUGGAGCUGUGGAGGACGCAUUACCCUGUCAGCACGUGGGACGAACCGUACGCCCGAAGGGGGGCGAUGUGGCGGGGCGACGCUCCUGACUGGUACUGGACGUGCCAGUUUCCGAGGCCGAUUCCGCCUUCGCGCGCGCCCGGGCCCGUGACGGAGGGCAGCACCUUCAACCAGAGAAUCCCCGCCGUCGAGCUCGCCCCAAACGUCUUCUACGCUCCCCCGUCCAGAAUCUACGAUUACACCUCGAGGGGAAACGAAAAGUCGGGCUGGAUAUGCACCUUCGAGGAGCUAGUGCCGCCGCCUUUCGAACGAGCUGUCGACCCGGGCGUGCAGUACGUCAAGGUAAAAGUGCGGUACGCAGGGACGACCGAACUCGUCGAGGGAGCUUGGCUUCGCUUUCAGGUUCCGAUUGGGAUAUUUCCGCCCGAGUUCAUCGCGGAUGUUGAUGACGCUAGCUUCAUCACCACUUGUUCCUUCCCGGUACCACAUUGCGAGAAGUACUUGCACGCGACGUUUGUCACGCCGGUGGACAUCCGCCACGUCAUCGCACAGUAUCAGAACCGGGGUUGCUGCGUCUUUUGUUGCGGCGGUGGUCAACAGAAGAAUGACUACGGGCUCGGCCCCGCGCGACAGCCGACGACGAGUUCUUACGGCGGCGGGUGCGGCGCAGCCUGUGGAAGCGGCGGAGGCGGCGUCGGCGGAGCCUGUGGAGGCAGCUACGGCGGAGGAGGCUGCGGCGGAGGAGGCUGUGGAGGCGGCGGAGGCGGCUGCGGCGGAGGAGGAGGCUGCGGCGGAGGAUAG